AUGUUUAUAGGUGCAACGACGUAUUUCUUAUAUGUUCUGUCAUUUAUUAAGCCAAUGAUUUGGUCAUUUUAUUUGGUUUCAAUAUUGGUCGGAAUUGGAGCUGCGAUCAUUUGGACAGCUCAGGGUGCCUUUCUGGCAGUUAAUUCUGAUGAAUUAUCAAUAUCUCGUAAUUCCGGUGUAUUUUGGGCUUUAUUUCAAGUUAGUCUAUUAGCUGGAAACUUAUAUGUAUAUGUAUCAGUCAGAUCAGAUAUCAUUACACGAAAAACACGUUAUUUAUUGUUUACUGUGUUUUCUGUUGUCAGUGGUGUUGGUCUAGCUUUGUUUCUGUUUAUUAUAUGGCGUUCAUUUAUUGAAAAACGAAGACAAAAAAAUUUAACACUUCUUACUGGAGAAAAAAAGAAAAACUUUCGAGAUAUUUUACAAGAAUUAAUUAUUGCAUUACGAUUAUUACGCACACGGAAUAUGCUUUUACUUUUAUUACCAUUUGCCUACUCAGGCGAGGAUAGCAUUGGCUAG